AUGUGUCAGGCGAAGGUGACGAGUAAGACGCCGCUGGUGGCGCCGACAGUGCCCAAGCACUCGCUGUGGCAGCCCAAGCUUAUGUACCUUGUCAGCAACGCGUGGACGUCGGCACAAAUGAAUUUCCUGAGCAUCUUCUACCAGCAGACAGCACAGUUUUCCAAGAUGCAGAUCGGCGUCCUACAAACGUUGCCCUGUGUGUGCACCUUGCUGGCUCCUCCGCUCUGGGGAGCAAUCGCCGACCACAUUGAGAACCAGCGACUCAUCCACGUCUUCUGCAUCGCCACGGCCUCGCUGUUCAUGUUCGCCGUUCGCUUCUUCUAUUGGUCUUUUGAUUGGAUGAUCGUGAUCGUCGUCGUGGCCAACUUUCAAGUGGCCCCGACCGGUUCGCUGCUGGAUCACACCGUGUUAAACCUCCUCGACAAGGUCGGUGGGGAGUACGGCAAGCAACGAUUGUUUGGCGCGCUCGGCUACGGUGCAGGAGCCUACAUUACAGGCCUCCUCGUGGCCAUCGCUGGGAUCUCGUGGUCUUUCAACCUGAGCCUGGCGCUCGGACUGACGUCUCUACUGGUGCUGCGCACAAUCCCACCAAUGCAACAUAGUCGACUACUGCAACAAGCUGAUCUGGAAGGUGGCACCUCAAAAGCCCCUACAUUCAUGGACAAUGCUCGGCUCAUUUGUAAGAAAGUAGACGUACUGGUGCUGCUUGGUGUCGUGUUCUUGAUGGGGCUCAUGUACGGCGUGCUCUCCAGCUUCCUCACGCUCAACCUGUACAACCUCUCAGGCCAGAAUGCCCAGGUCGUGGGUAUUGCCAUCAUGUGCGAGACAGCAUCGGAACUGCCCGCAUUCUUCUACUCCCACAGAAUUAUCAAUCGGCUCGGCAUCGUGAACGUGCUGCUGUUGUCCAUCCUAGGUUAUUUCCUGCGCGUGUCCUACUACGCUGUCAUGACGAACGCCUGGUGCGCCAUUCCGCUCGAAUUCCUGCACGGGGUGACGUACGGAUUGGCAUGGGCGGCGUGCACGCAGUACGUGUACUCGGCGGCUCCUCCCGGCUGUCAGGGCACGAUCAUGGGCGUGUUGAACGCGGUGCAGAACGGUCUUGCACGCGGCGUCGGCACGCUCAUCGGUGGCUACUUCUACCAGCAUUACGGAGCCCGUAUUAUGUGGCUGGUCGCCGACCUGGGUGUGCCUCUCGCUCUCGUCGGCCUCGGUGUAUUCGCGCGUCUUAAGAACAAGAGCGAAGUGGUGAACGAGAAGUAUCUGGAGGAGGCUGAGCUCUUUUCACCCCACGCGGGCAACCCGCAGGCGCUCGUGCCGCGAGUCGACCAGAGGUUCGACGAAAUCUAG